GAGGUUGUAAGAUAGUUAUAUAUCUGUUUCUGACCUCUAUGAGCUCACGAGAUGACUUCUAGAUCAAAAGUUCAGUUGAAGGUGACGAAAGCGGACAGAUUACAUUGGUCUGCUAUUGGAUUAGAAAGCUGUGAAGGCGGCGGUGUUCAACUCAAGCCCGUUGCUGGAAGGGCAGCGAGGAAACGACCACAGGAAGACUUAGCAGCAGAGGCCAGGAUCUUUGUUCCGGAUGAAGAAUUUUUCACUCCAAUGAAGAAACCAAAGAAAUCAGAAUGGUUAGCAGAACACAAGACAGAGGGACAACCAUUUGAGAGAUUCCUGCAAGGUUCGGCUAAGUACCCAACACAAAGACGCAAAGUGAUUUAUCUUCUUCCUCUCCAAUUUGAUGAGGCCUUUAUUCCAGCAGACAUUUUAGACUCAUUAAAGCAAUUUGCCUCCAUUUUCUUUGGAAUGAAAUUGAAGGUUAUGAAAGCAACCAGUUUUAAAGGAAAAGUUCCAAAUCGUUUUAAUAAGAAUUCCAAUACUUUUCAAGUCCAUGCAGGUAAAAUUCUAGAGGAGAUGACAAGUAUUGUUCCUGAGGAUGCUUUUUGUGUUGCAGCAAUAACAAUGUGUGAUCUGUAUCCUCAAGACUCUUGGAAUUUUGUUUUUGGUUUGGCACAAAUGAGAUCUGGUUGUGGUGUUUACUCAUUAGCUCGUUACUUGUCAAACUUUGGAGAGCAGCCAAACACUGUUUAUAACCCUGAAAGUGAAACAGGAAGUAACUCGUUGAUGAAGCGUGCAUGUAAAACCAUGUGUCACGAGAUUGGCCACAUGUUCGGCAUUUCACACUGUGUGUACUUUUCGUGUAUCAUGAAUGGAUCCAAUCAUCUUGAAGAAUCAGAUGAGCGUUCCAUGUUUCUGUGUCCAGUCUGUCUCAGGAAGCUCCAUUUUAUCUGCCAGUUUGAAAUCAUUGAAAGGUACAAGUUGAUGUCAGAGUUUUGGUCGAAAUUUGGGUACGAGGAGGACUCUGCUUGGUUGCGAAAAAGGCUUGAACGUUUAGCCAAAGGAUCAGUGUAAGGGGAGACAACUCCUGUCAGUUUAUCAGUUUACUAAUAUAUACUGUGCAAAAUGUUAUGAAUUGUUAAAAUGGAAGAAGUUAACCCAGGAUUUCACACUUAAAUUGACAGAUAUGUCAAAAUAAUAUUUUACAUAAUUAAUAUUUUGAUUUGGUUUAGUUAUUUAUAUUUACUAUGAACUUUCAUCCAUUCCCUUAUCAAUGUUCAGCUUACU